GUUUUAUUUUUAUUUUCCCGAUUCUCUCUGUUACAACUGAAAUCAAAGAGUUUCGUUAGGUUUUGAUUUCUGAAAACCCUAAUUCAGAAUCAAUGGCAUCGCGUAGAAGAGUUCUCUUGAAAGUCAUAAUCCUCGGUGAUAGCGGGGUCGGGAAGACAUCUUUGAUGAAUCAAUAUGUGAAUCGGAAAUUUAGUAAUCAGUAUAAAGCUACUAUUGGAGCAGAUUUCUUGACCAAAGAAGUCGAGUUUGAAGAUAGGUUGUUCACAUUGCAGAUAUGGGAUACGGCAGGGCAGGAAAGGUUCCAAAGCCUUGGGGUGGCUUUUUACCGUGGUGCGGACUGCUGUGUUCUGGUAUAUGACGUGAAUGUUGCUAAGUCAUUUGAGAACCUCAACAAUUGGCGUGAGGAAUUUCUGAUUCAGGCUAGUCCAUCGGACCCUGAAAACUUUCCGUUUGUGGUGCUGGGGAACAAGAUAGAUGUUGAUGGUGGCAACAGCCGAGUGGUCUCUGAGAAGAAAGCAAAGGCAUGGUGUGCCUCUAAAGGAAUACCCUACUUUGAAACUUCUGCCAAAGAAGGUUUCAAUGUGGAAGCAGCCUUUCAGUGUAUAGCAAAAAAUGCUCUCAAGAAUGAACCCGAGGAAGAAAUGUACCUUCCUGACACCAUUGAUGUUGGCGGUGGAGGACGACAACAGAGAUCUACAGGCUGCGAAUGCUAAGAAUAAGAAGAACUCUUCCACUUUAGGCAUUUCGAUCCUUUGGGGCGUACAUAGAAAAGUGCAUCCAGUUCCCCGCCAUUUGAUUGUCUAGAUAUCAAGUGCAGUGAAAUUAAUUAAGGUUCCUUUUGUAUAUCAAAGCAUUCCAUACAAAACCCGAAGUCUUCCCUUUACCAUUUUGCUCAUUUGGAACUGUCUAUAUUUCUUUGCUCUUUCGUCAUAAAAUCUCUGUAUGAAAGUGACCUAGUUCAAGUUUGCACAAUUUUUAAGGCAAGCAAGAAAAAGGAGUAUAUUUAAGCAUUUUUUACAAUUA